GUAAUCUCAUCAAUUUAAAAUUUAAUUGUCGUUCAACAUUUGGAAAGCCACACAUUCUCGAACUUGCUGACCCUUGCUAUUAAUAUAUAAUAAAUAUGGAGUCUUUAAAUAUAACACGUCAGGAUAUUAUGAGUUUUCCAUUUCCAUAUAAAUUGUGGUUAGUUAUCCAUUUAGAUUUUUGCGAUUUUCUACGCUGGAAUCGCGACGGCACAGUUAUAUUAUUGGAGUUAGUAGCAUUGGAGGAUUAUCUAAAUUCAACGCGAUCCAUAUUUUAUAUAAAAAAUCGUUCAAUUUUCUUAACCCAUUUAGAGGAAUUUCAAUUUCAGCGAUUGAAUAUGAUGCCUGAAGUCGGGGAAAUUUUAUUGUUGCAAUAUAAAAAUGAGAAUUUUAAAAGACAUCGCUUGGAUUUAGUACCCAAAGUUCGACGAUCCGCUUAUCAUAUAUUCGCUGACAAGUCAAUGAAUAUGGGAGGAGGAGCUUUCAAUAAUGACGAUUUAAACAAAAAUAAAAAUGCCUCUCAUAAACCAUUCGAUGCUUUUAAUACACGCGCUGCCGAGCGUAUGAAGGGGGAUUUGUGCUUUAUGUUUCACGGUGGCUUAUCAGAAAUUCAAAAGAGUCGCUUGCACUUUCAAACCAUAUUACAAUUUCAAAGUAUGACGCAUAUGCUGCAAGAGAAAUUAGAAGCUUCAAAUAAGCUGACUGCCAAACCACAUCGUAUUAAACCUAAAUUAGGCCGUCGAAAGUGUAGUAACGUCGCUACUGAAGAACAAGUGAUCGAAUUGCCGGCCGAUAUUUACGAGAAUCCUAAUGAUUCCGUAUUAAAAUUGCAGAACGACUUUCGCCCAGAAUAUGCUGGUUAUUACGGCAAUUGCAGCAAAGAAUUGAUUGUGCGCUUCUUCGGUGAUUAUUUGCCAACAGCAAAUGAAGACUGUUCAAUGGAAGCGAAGAAAGUCGAAGUUGAAUCAUGGACUUCUAACAUAAAUGUGUUGCCGCCCGAACGUGAACAAGUAUCACAAACCGAAACUCAAAAAUACGUUGACGGUUUACCGUUGGAUAUGACUUCGACUUCAACGCCUAUAGGGCAACGCAAUUUACCAACUUUGAAAUUCUCGUCGGGCCUUGAACCCAUUUUCAAGGCUGAUGAAGGACAAGACAAUGUUAAUUGCGUAGAAGAAGGCAUAACCGGUACACAAACCCAUCAGAAUAGUAUGGAUACCGAAGUUGAUGCUUUCAUGGAUGAAUUCCUAAAUUUUAAAGGUGGUAGUUACAAAAACUUGAUAACUAGACCUAUUAGAGAUGCUGAAACGAAACCACAGGAUAUAAAUUAUUCAAAUGCAAUCGCCGAGCAAGCUGCCGCGCCAGCACAGCGGCCAGAGUUUCCACAAAUGCCUGCAGCCGCUAAGAUGGAAAUAACUGAUGAGGAAGAUAAAGAAAAUGAAGUCAAUUUUCGUAAUUUCUUUAGUCAAUACAGAGCCUCAUUGAAUUUACUUUACGAAAAUCCGUGAAUAUUUUCUUUCUUUACUUGACUCUUAUCUUGUGUUUAAAUAUUUACUACCAUUUUCAUGUUGCGUCUAUUAAAUUGCAAUUUAAUAUGAGAUUGAUCUUCAUUUCUUAUAAAUACGUUCGUCUUCAUUUGUCACCGUUAAUUGAAAUUGCGUCAUUUUAUUAUUCUAUUAAUUUUCUGUUAUAUUCCAUUUUGCAUUUAACGUUCAUUCUAAUAAAUAUUAAAUUUUAGUUUGGAUAUUAGUUUAAUUUAUUUUUUAAAUAUAUGUGUUAUUAUAUAUUGUG